CUUGGGGAGAUCUGCCUUUCAAUACUUUAUGGGUCAGCAGCCUGGAAAAGUUCUUGGGGACCAACGGAGGCCAAGUCUGCCUGCCCUGCACUUUAUCAAGGGAGCAGGGAAGAAGGAAACCUCAAGGCAUGGCGGGCCUCACUGUAAUGUUUUUCUGGAACAUGAAGCCCUUCAGAGGCCAGUAGUGUCCGAGUUUGAGCCCCAAGGUCUGAGUGAAGCUGCCCGCUGGAACUCCAAGGAAAACCUUCUUUCCAGCCCUGGUGAAAAUGAUCCCAACCUUUUUGUUGCCCUCUAUGAUUUUGUUGCAAGCGGGGAUAACACUCUCAGCAUCACUAAAGGUGAAAAACUCCGUGUCUUGGGCUACAAUCAUAACGGAGAAUGGUGUGAAGCCCAAACCAAGAACGGUCAAGGCUGGGUCCCCAGCAACUACAUUACCCCUGUGAACAGCUUGGAGAAGCACUCUUGGUACCAUGGGCCAGUUUCACGGAACGCUGCCGAGUACCUCCUCAGCAGCGGAAUCAACGGCAGCUUUCUGGUGCGAGAGAGUGAGAGCAGCCCGGGGCAGAGAUCGAUCUCACUGCGAUACGAGGGAAGGGUUUACCACUACCGGAUAAACACUGCAUCUGACGGGAAGCUUUACGUCUCCUCUGAGAGCCGCUUCAACACCUUGGCUGAGCUGGUCCACCACCACUCGACCGUCGCAGAUGGGUUGAUCACCACUCUCCACUAUCCGGCCCCCAAGCGGAACAAGCCCACCAUCUACGGCGUCUCCCCAAACUAUGACAAGUGGGAGAUCGAGCGGACUGACAUCACCAUGAAGCACAAACUGGGAGGGGGUCAGUACGGAGAGGUCUAUGAAGGAGUCUGGAAGAAGUAUAACCUUACGGUGGCUGUGAAGACCUUGAAGGAGGACACCAUGGAGGUGGAAGAAUUCUUGAAAGAGGCGGCAGUAAUGAAGGAGAUCAAGCAUCCGAACUUGGUGCAAUUACUGGGGGUGUGCACCCGGGAGCCUCCGUUUUAUAUCAUCACCGAGUUCAUGACCUACGGGAACCUGCUGGAUUACUUGCGUGACUGCAACAGGCAGGAGGUCAAUGCCGUGGUGCUCCUGUACAUGGCGACCCAAAUCUCCUCCGCCAUGGAGUACCUGGAGAAGAAGAAUUUCAUCCACAGGGAUCUCGCUGCCCGGAACUGCCUCGUAGGGGAGAACCAUCUGGUGAAGGUGGCCGACUUUGGCCUGAGCAGACUGAUGACGGGGGACACGUACACAGCCCAUGCCGGAGCCAAGUUCCCUAUCAAGUGGACCGCACCAGAAAGCCUCGCAUAUAACAAGUUCUCCAUUAAAUCUGAUGUCUGGGCUUUCGGCAUCUUACUGUGGGAAAUCGCAACUUAUGGCAUGUCCCCUUACCCUGGGAUUGACCUCUCCCAGGUCUAUGAGCUGCUGGAGAAGGAUUAUCGCAUGGAACGGCCGGAAGGCUGUCCCGAGAAAGUCUAUGAGCUCAUGAGAGCAUGCUGGCAGUGGAGCCCUUCUGAUCGGCCUUCCUUUGCUGAAAUCCACCAAGCGUUCGAAACGAUGUUUCAAGAAUCCAGCAUCUCUGACGAGGUGGAAAAAGAACUGGGAAAGCAAGGGAUGAAGAGCGUUGUAAACACUUUACUGCAAGCUCCGGAGUUGCCGACUAAAACCAGAACAUCCAGAAGAGCAGCUGAAUGCAAAGACGGCAGUGAAAGUUUGGAGGUGGCACCCCCCAAAGGCACGGGGGAAUGUGAUUCUGCCGAGCAUGAACCAGCUGUUUCUCCCCUGCUGCCGCGGAAGGAAAGAGUCGUCACAGAGAGUGGCUUAAAUGAAGACGACCGCUUGCUCCCAAAAGACAAAAAGACGAACCUCUUCAGCGCUCUGAUUAAGAAGAAGAAGAAGAUGGCCCCCACCCCACCAAAGCGCAGCAGCUCCUUCCGGGAGGUGGACAGCCAUCUGGACCGCAAGGGAGGAGGGUGUGAGGAUGAGAAUCGGGAUGCCAGCAACGGAGCCGUCAUCACGCACCCCGCAGACAUUGAAGAUCGUUCCAGAUUUCUGAGCCCUGGCAGUGAGGUUGGAGUCACCAAUGGGAGUGUGGCUGGGAACUCAGGGUUAUUGUCCCCCCACCUCUGGAAGAAACCCAGCCACGCACCCAACAGCCGUCCGGGGGGCAGUGAAGACGAGGGCGGCUUGAACUCCAGCAAGCGCUUCCUGCGGUCGUGCUCGGCCUCUUGCGUUCCCCAUGGGGCCAAGGACACAGAGUGGAAGUCCGUCACACUGCCCCGGAACCUGCAGUCCCCAGGGCGCCACUUUGACUCAUCCACCUUUGGCGGGCACAAGAGCGAGAAGCCCGCCCUGCCUCGGAAGCGGACCAACGAGACCAAGGCAGACCUGGCCAUCAGGGGGACGGUGACCCCACCUCCUCGGCUGCUCAAGAAAAACGAGGAGGUGCCCGAAGACGCACUCAGAGAUCCCGAGUCCAGCCCCGGCUCCAGCCCGCCCACCUUGACACCGAAACUUGGACGGAGGCAGCCCCUCAUCCCUCCCGCUGCAAGCCUUUCUCACAAGGAGGAAACUGGGAAAGCCAGUGCCCUGGGAGGCGGCUUGACAACGGAGCAGGGCCCUAACGCCAAAGCUGGCAUGGGUGUGUUUGUCGGCAAGGCUUCUGCCGAUGAGCCACGAGGGAGGAAGAUGAAGCAGGAUAAGGGGAAAGCAGCCAAGUUGAAACCAGCUCCCCUACCACCUCUUUCCUCAAAUGCCGUUGUUUGCAAAACUAGCAAAGGGUGCCUGGGGGCUGGCCACGAAGGACCCGAUGCCCCCGGGAUGAAGGGCAAGCCGCCAGCUCAGGCUGUGGACACUGUGAAUGUUGAAGCCCCCAAGCUGAACUCGUUAACGGAGGGGACGAAGAAGCCAGCGAUCUCUUCUGUACCAAAGCCCCCCUCUUCCACAAAGCUCGUGCUGACUCCUGCAGCCCCCUCUGCUGUUUUCUCUGUCCCCGCCAUCUCCUCCACCCCAAGCAUGGAUCAGCCAGCCUCCACCGCCUUCAUCCCUCUCAUUUCCACCCGGGUGUCCCUGCGGAAGACCCGCCAGCCCCCGGAAAAGAUUGCCAGCGGCACUGUCACCAAGGGCAUGGUCUUGGAGACCGCCGAGGCCCUGCGGACGGCCAUUAGCAAGAACUCCGAGCAGAUGGCCAGCCACAGUGCCGUCCUGGAGGCCGGCAAGAACCUCUACACCUUCUGCAUGAGCUUCGUUGACUCCAUCCAGCAGAUGCGGAACAAGUUCGCCUUCCGCGAAGCCAUCAACAAGCUGGAGAACAACCUCCGAGAGCUGCAGAUUUGCCCUGCCACUGCCAGCGGAGGCCCUGCCGCCACCCAGGACUUUAGCAAGCUGCUCAGUUCCGUGAAAGAAAUCAGCGAUAUUGUCCAGAGGUAGCAGAAGCUGGGAGGUGGUU